AUCAGAUUAGCUUCAGAUACAGUAAUAAUCGUAUAAUCAGCUAUGUCGCUUGGUUCACAAAACCUUGAUAUACUUGGUGAUCGUCAAUCUGGUCAAGAUGUUCGAACCCAAAAUAUUACUGCUUGUCAAUCUGUUUCGAAUAUAGUCAAGACUUCACUGGGUCCUGUUGGACUUGACAAGAUGUUGGUCGACGAUAUUGGGGAUGUGACCAUCACAAAUGAUGGUGCUACAAUUCUCAAGAUGUUAGACGUUGAACAUCCAGCUGCCAAGGUUCUUGUUGAAUUGGCUGAGCUUCAAGAUAGAGAAGUAGGAGAUGGCACUACUUCUGUGGUCAUUAUAGCAGCAGAGUUGCUCAAGAGAGCAAAUGAUCUUGUCAAAAAUAAGAUUCACCCUACAUCUGUAAUAAGUGGAUACAGACUUGCGAUGAGAGAAGCAUGCAAAUAUAUUGAGGAAAAGCUGGCCGUCAAGGUUGACAAGCUUGGCAAGGAUUCUCUUGUGAACUGUGCGAAGACAAGCAUGUCUUCGAAAUUGUUAGCGGGUGACUCUGACUUCUUUGCUAAUUUGGUUGUUGAAGCAGUACAAGCUGUUAAAAUGACCAAUGCACGGGGUGAAAUCAAAUAUCCAAUCAAGGGAAUUAAUAUCCUUAAAGCUCACGGAAAAAGUGCUAAAGAAAGCUACUUGUUGAAAGGUUAUGCUCUUAAUACUGGCCGAGCAGCACAAGGAAUGCCCACGAGAGUUGCUCCUGCAAGGAUUGCCUGUCUCGAUUUUAAUCUUCAAAAGACAAAAAUGCAAUUGGGGGUUCAGGUUUUAGUCACCGACCCACGGGAAUUAGAGAAGAUCCGCCAAAGAGAAGCUGAUAUGACGAAAGAACGUAUUGAAAAGCUUCUAAAGGCUGGUGCUAAUGUUGUUUUAACUACAAAGGGAAUUGAUGACAUGGCACUCAAAUAUUUUGUGGAAGCUGGUGCAAUUGCUGUUAGACGAGUGCGGAAGGAGGAUUUACGCCAUGUCGCCAAGGCAACAGGUGCAACUGUGGUUUCAACAUUUGCCGACAUGGAAGGAGAAGAAACUUUUGAUUCAUCGUUCCUAGGAUAUGCAGAUGAAGUAGUGGAGGAGCGGAUUGCAGAUGAUGAUGUUAUCAUGAUCAAGGGAACUAAAACUUCGAGUGCGGUUUCCCUAAUACUUAGAGGUGCUAAUGACUAUAUGCUUGAUGAGAUGGAUAGAGCUUUGCAUGAUGCUUUAUGUAUCGUCAAGAGGACCCUGGAAUCCAAUACAGUGGUUGCAGGUGGAGGUGCAGCUGAGGCUGCUUUAUCUGUAUAUUUGGAGUACCUUGCUACAACUUUGGGAUCUCGAGAGCAGCUGGCAAUUGCAGAAUUCGCUGAAUCGUUGCUGAUAAUUCCGAAGGUUCUUGCUGUCAACGCUGCAAAAGAUGCAACUGAUUUGGUAGCCAAACUGCGUGCCUAUCACCACACUGCACAAACCAAGGCAGAUAAGAAACAUCUAUCAAGCAUGGGUUUGGACCUAGUAAAGGGUACAGUUCGUAACAACUUAGAAGCUGGCGUAAUUGAACCUGCAAUGAGCAAAGUGAAGAUACUACAGUUUGCAACUGAAGCAGCUAUAACGAUCCUUCGAAUUGAUGACAUGAUCAGACUUGUAAAGGAUGAGAGUCAAGAUGGUCAAGAUUAGUUCCUAUUUUUGUUUUGGAUGAAUUUGGUGAGUUGAUGUUUGUAAUGUAGGUAACUUUGUAGGCUAGAUACCCAUCAUGGGUAUGUAGCUUUUGAUUUUGAAAUAUUUGAGUUCUUGGAGAUGGAGAGUAAAGUCUACAUGUCUUUUUUUAGCUCCUCACUGGGGGUGUCUGCAUAUCUGUGCAACAUCAGUUAAAUUUGUACCAACUUUCAUUACUACCAAUAUUUUGGUUGGGAUUUUGCC